GCCGCCGCCGCCGCCGCCACUGGGGGAGGGGCGGCCGCCGCCCGCCAGCUUUCUCACAGACUCUCGCGCAGCAGCAACAGCAGCAGCAGCCGCCCCGCCAGUCCGCCCACAUUCCCUCCCCUAUUCCCCCCCCCCCUCCCCACCCGCGCGCCCGCCCUCGGUUCGCUCCGCCUUUCUGCCCCUACCCCCACCCCCACCUCACAGGCUCGGGCCAUCCCCGGCCAGGAAACACCGCGGCGCCUCGCUGGGCCUAGCUCGAGUCCUGCUCUCCCCAGCAGUGCUGCACACCGCAGCCCGGGCCCGGGCCCGGGCCCCCGCGCCUGGGAGGGACACAGAUCUUCAGAGGACACUGGCAAAGAGAUUAUUGGAACUUCACAUCUGCUGGUCAAUAUAAAGGAUUCCUCAUGUCCCUGACAUGUUGGUUGAGGCUCUGCGGCUCACCCCCGCUCUCAGAGUGGCCAGUCUCCAUUAAUUGGACCCCGUGAUUUCCAUCUACUGCUGUGUUGGACGUCAUGAGCAUUGCAGUUCCUCUGGGAGUCACCACACCAGAUACAUCCUACUCAGAUAUGGCUGCUGGUUCAGAGGUAUCCUGUCUUGGUAGUGAAUGGAAGAGGGCCUGGCCCCUGGGGCAGUGCAGAAGGCACUUUCAUCAUCUCACUCACUGCAAAUGUCAUGUGAGGUUUCAUGGAAGUAUUAAGAGAUCCAAUUAAGAAGAAUAGUUCUGAGUCUAAACCAGCCCAGAGUGGCUUCUCUAGGGGAAACUCCCCGCUCAGCUGUCCUGAAUCUGUGGAAGCUAGUCCAGCAGUUUGUGAGAAGAACGUGUAUUCCACUCAUAACUAUGGGACCGCUCAGAGGCAUGGGUACCGAGGACUACCUUACGCUGAUCAUAACUAUGGAGCCCCUCCUCCUCCGACCCCUCCUGCUUCUCCCCCUGUCCAGACCAUCAUCCCUCAUGCAGAGUUGAACGGCCUCCACUCACCUGAUGAGGAAAAUUCUGGAGACAGUGAGAGCUCUGAAGGGGAAUCUAUUCCUACCUGGUGUCAUUGUGGACUUUCUCAGGAUGGCUUUCUUCUUAAAUGUGACAAGUGCAGGGGAAUGAGCAGGGGGAAGGUUAUUAGACUUCAUCGGAGGAAACAGGACAACGUAUCAGGUGGGGACAGCAGUGCAACUGAAAGCUGGGAUGAAGAGCUAUCUCCCUCCACUGUGUUGUACACAGCAACACAACACACACCAACAAGUAUCACCUUGACUGUUAACCGGGUCCGAAGAACUAAACCUAAGAAAAGGAAAAAGAGUCCAGAAAAAGGUCGUACGGCACCAAAGACGAAAAAGAUUAAGGCAUUUCGAGAAGGAUCCCGGAAGUCCUUGCGGAUGAAGAAUUCUCCCUCUGAGGCACAUGCUUUAGAUGAGAAUACAACUGAAGGCUGGGAGAAUCGAAUACGACUGUGGACUGAUCAGUAUGAGGAAGCUUUCACUAAUCAGUACAGUGCAGAUGUACAAAAUCUCCUUGAACGGCAUCUAAAUUCCAGUAAGGAAUUUGUGGGCAAAGCUGCUGUCCUAGACACCAUCAAUAAGACUGAACUGGCCUGUAAUAAUACAGUGAUUGGUUCCCAAAUGCAGCUCCAGCUGGGAAGAGUUACUCGUGUUCAAAAACACCGGAAGAUCCUCAGGGCAGCAAGAGACUUGGCAUUGGAUACCCUUAUAAUAGAAUAUCGAGGGAAAGUCAUGUUACGGCAGCAAUUUGAGGUCAAUGGGCAUUUCUUCAAAAAACCAUACCCCUUCGUGCUGUUCUACUCCAAAUUCAAUGGUGUAGAGAUGUGUGUUGAUGCCCGCACUUUUGGUAAUGAUGCUCGGUUCAUCAGGCGAUCCUGUACCCCAAAUGCAGAGGUACGCCACAUGAUUGCAGAUGGAAUGAUCCACCUGUGUAUAUAUGCAGCCUCUGCUAUCACCAAGGAUGCGGAAGUUACCAUUGCCUUUGAUUAUGAAUACAGUAACUGCAGUAAUUAUAAAGUGGACUGUGCAUGUCACAAGGGGAAUCGGAAUUGCCCUAUACAGAGACGGAAUCCAAAUGCUGCUGCAGAUCCUCCGCCCCCCCCUCCUCUCAGCCUACUCUCCAUUGGAGCUGAGACAAGACGGCGGAAAGCACGUCGUAAGGAGCUGGAGAUGGAGCAGCAGAAUGAUGUAUUGGAUGAGAGCAAUAACCAGCAGCCAGAGGAAGCUCCAGAAGGAGUGACUGGAGCCAGUGAUCAUGAGGACAUAGACAAUCCUGAAGAGAAGCUAGAAGAGGAGACAGAAGAGGCUGUGGAUGAGCAGGGAAUCCUGGGCCCUAACAGGCGGUCUCGAGAAGAGAGGAAGGUUGAAGCAAUCAUGCAUAUGUUUGAAAAUUUAGAGAAAAGGAAAAGGCGUCGAGAACAGCCACUUGAGAGGGGCCGCCUGGACAUAGAGGUGACCCCUGGCUCUGAGGCUCCUGUGCUAGAAGAGUCAAAAACAGAGAGCUCUGAACCCGAAGACAGGAACCCAGCUUUCAAUGUGGCUGUCCCAGGCAUCCCAAAUAGUAUGGGGGUGAAUACCCGGAGGUCUGCCCAAGCAGGGGAUACUACUGGUGCCGAAAAACCUAUCAUCAAGCCAACUCCAUCAAGACCCUCUAGGCCUCGACCCAAAAGUCGAAUAUCUCGGUACCGAACCAGUUCAGCCCAAAGACUAAAGCGUCAGAAACAGGCCAGUUCUCAGCAGGUGGAAUUAUCACAAGUUCUUCUGGAUGAAGGAGGAAAUGGCAGCUCAGUGACUCCAGCUGAAGUUGGAAGUGUGGACAAUAUAGGAGAAAGCAGGCCAUUGACAGGGUCUGACCCAGCAGUAGUAUUGGCUGCUGGAACCCAGGUUAACCGGGCUGUUUUCAAAUACCCUAAAACCAAAAAGUAUCUAGUUACAGAGUGGCUGAAUGAUAAAGCGGAGAAGCACGAGUGCCCAGUUGAGUGCCCUUUACGGAUCACCACAGACCCAACUGUGCUGGCAACAACCCUCAACAUGUUGCCUGGUCUUGUCCAUUCCCCGUUAAUUUGCACCACCCCCAAACACUACAUCCGCUUUGGCUCGCCCUUCAUCCCUGAGAGGCGUCGAAGGCCCCUUCUCCUGGAUGGUACAUUCAGCUCCUGUAAGAAGCGCUGGAUGAAGCAAGCCUUAGAAGAAGGGAUGACCCAAACCUCGUCUGUACCCCAAGAGAGUAGAAUUCAGCAUCUAUACCAAAGCAACGAGAACAGUAACUCUUCUAGCAUCUGCAAAGACAAUGCAGACUUACUGAGCCCAUUAAAGAAAUGGAAGUCUCGCUAUCUGAUGGAGCAGAACGUUACCAAGUUACUGAGGCCUCUGUCUCCGAUCACACCUCCGCCUCCCGUCCCUUCCAUUCCCAGCUCCCAGAGCCCGCAGCUUACCGUGCCCUGCUCGACCCUGCCAGGAGAGGAGGAAUGUCGGAAUGGAUAUGGCCUGGUGUUCUCACCAAUUCCAUCUCUUGCUACUAGUCGCUGCAAUACGCCCCUGCAGUUUGAGAACAUAUCCUCCCCUGAGAGUUCCCCUGCGCAUAGGCCCGAGUCCCUGUCACCCGAGCUUGGUCUCCGGACAGACCUGGAUUUGGCAAAGGUAGGAUACCUUGAGCCUAACACUAACAACUGCCUGGAGAGACAAGUCUUGCUCAACCCAGGUCAAUCUGACCUGGCCCCUCAGCCCUCCAUCCUUCCCACAUCUGAAAGCAGCCACCAAGGCAAUAAUGGAGAUGGACAACAAACCCUUCUAAGAAAUGCAGACCAGGCCUUUCGGACAGAAUUUAAUUUAAUGUAUGCCUUCUCACCUUUGAACGCUAUGCCUCGAGCAGAUGGACUAUUGCGAAGUUCUCCCCUGGUGGGAGAAAGGAAACCUUUAAAUUCUGAUGGGAGGUACUGUAGCUCUCCUGCAGAAGGGUAUUCCAGCAGACAUGAACACGGUCUAAUUAAAGACAUAUCACGUGGAUCAAUGUCACCUUGUGGUGAGAAGGCCAGUGAUGGAGUCAAGCCUGCCCCCCAGAACCCACCGCAAAGGAAAAAGGUGUCUUUAUUAGAGUACCGUAAACGGAAACAGGAAGCCAAGGAGAACUCUUUGAAUUUGGGAGGUGACUCUGUACGGUGUACAGGGACUCCUACUCGGCAAGGCAGCAAUAGCUCAGUGUCUGACACUGAAACCUAUGGUGUCCAGGGAUCUUUAGCCCGAGCCCCAUCUUCCCCUCACAGGGGUUUCUCCCCAUCCCAUUCCUCUGUUCCCCCAGUGGAUGAUAUAAGCCCUACAGAUCCCAGGGGUACUACUUCCUCAUCUCACUGCAGACCUCAAGAGAAUAUCAGCAGUAAGUGGAUGGUUCCCACAUCUGUGGAGCGUCUCCGAGAGGGACGGGGAAUUCUGAAAAAGGUCCUACGAAGUAGCAGCAGUGUAAAGGUGUCACAGAAAGAAGAGACCUCCCCAGCCUGGGAGAAUGCUGCUGAGAAAGAGUCAGAUCCUGCAGAGGGAGAAGGCCCAGAGAUCACAAGCUCUGCUCUCUCCAAAGGAUCGGCUGUUUAUAGCCCUUCCCGAUAUAGCUACCAGCUCCUACAAUGUGACAGUCCACGGACAGAGUCACAGAGCCUCCUUCAACAGAGUUCUUCCCCCUACAAAGGACACCCCACUCAAUCUCCAGGAUACAGUUAUCGCACUGCAGCACUGAGGUCUGGAAAUACUCCAUCCCACAGUUCCUCGGAAUCCUCCCUUUCUUCUACGUCCUAUUCCAGCCCUGCCCACUCCGCACCCACAGACUCACUGGGACUCUUUACCGUGACACCAGGGUAUUUCAAUAACCAGCCACAUUCUGGAAGCAGCAGUGUCCAGAAGAGGAGCUGCCCCUCUGCUGCUGCUAGUCCUCCCCUGCAAGGCCCUUCAGACUCUCUCCCCUCAGACUCUGUUUCUCAGUCCAGCACAGGAACUUGGAGUUCCACAUCCUUCCCCCAAAAUUCUAGGUCGUUGCCAUCAGACUUACGGACUAUCAACCUGCCCAGCUCUGGACAGUCAGCUGCCUUCCAGGCCUCCAGGGUAUCCACAGUUUCCACUUCACAGCAUUACCCACACCGUGGUAGUGGGGGAGUGCAUCCAUACAGACUACAGCAGCUGCAAGGGUCUGGAGUCAAAACUCAGACAGGACUUUCCUAGGGCUUCUGGAUUUGGGCAGACUGAACUAAAUGAGCCCAUAGCUGCUUCCAAUGGCCUCUGGAUCCUGGGCCGGGCAUGUUGCUGUGGAGGGGAAUGUAGGGUGCCAGAGGAUUGGGUCUGGAUGAUGAGAACAAGACUUGUGAGCAUUAUUGGCCUCUAGCCUUGGAGGAAGAUGUAAAUCUUGUCUAAAGUGGAGACUGUAAAGAAGUUUCUCCCUGCUCUUUAGGGUACAAUGUUGAAAAGCCAAUGGUGUUUCAGUUAAUAACGGUUCUAAGUGCAAUGACUUGUGUCAAGCCUCCAUCUCCCAUUGUGCCCAUAACCUGUAGUCACUUUUGCAGUGAGGUUAUCUUUUUUAAUUUGAAAACAAUUAUGGGAAAAAAAAUAAGGGGGAACAAAAUUCACAGCCAUCUGAAUAGGGUCAGGUUCUCAAACACUCAAUGGAAGGUGGGCAUUCCUCCCUUAAAUGACCAUUCCAGUCACCAACAAAUCUAGCCAAGGUUUGUCAACAGAAAACAAAAUGCUUCCUUUCUUUUAUCCUAGAGUCACCAAGACAUGGGUAGUUGGGGAGGGAGGGGCGGGACUUGGAGCAUGUGUUGUGAUUAAGGGAUGUCUCCUCUAAAGAUGAGGCUACAGCCAGCUCUGGAUUAUUCAAGGGUUGAUUAUCCACUCUCUGCUGCUGUCCACCUCUCUCCCCUUGAUCCCCCUCUUAGCCAUUCUUAUUUCAUUAACAUCUCCAAUGGGUGGAAAGAGAAUUCAGAUCUGAUCAGCCAGUUGUGUUACUACAUAACAGGUCUUAAUAAAUUUUAUCAGGAAGAAGGCUGGAAUUCAAUAUGGUUUGGGGAUCAUCUGAAUUUUAAUUUUUCCUGUCCCCCAUGUCUGAGAGGAUCUGGAAUUAGCUGUCACAUUCAGUGCAUUUGUGUAACUGGGAGGUUGCACAGUAGGACACAUCCCUGAAUGGGUACUGUGCAUUUGUGACGGCAGGGCUGUCACUGCCAGCCCUUGGAUUGUGUGUGGGCAUCAUGCAUUUCUUUGGGGGAGUUUUUAAUGGUAGGGGCAGGGUGCCCCUGUGAGGCUGCAUACAGACCCAGACGUGCUCAGUGCUGUCUGGGGCCAGCAUGUGAGCAAUCUGGAUGCCCCCAUUGAGGCUUUGUGCCUGCUGUACACACCUGGGGGAGCUCUGGAGCCAGCCUGCGUGGGGAGCACAAUCGUUAAAUUCCAUACAGUUGCUAGCUUAUUUCUUUCACUUGUUUACGGUAAUAUCUGGCGUGUUUUUAUUUAUCUAAUUUUAUAUUCAGUUAUAACCAUAGUAGGUUUAGCUAAUAUACAACAGGUAUAAUCCCUGGUGCUGCAGUGGACCUUCUUUUCUUUUGGACAGGAUAAUACUGUGAGUCUCCCUCCAUAUUUCCUCCCCACCUCCCUCCCCACCUCUCUUCCACUUUCUUUUUCUCUUCCCCUUCUCCACAACUAUCAUAUGCACAGUCUUCUCUUUUUGUGUGUGACUGUUACAAAAUUUCACUAUUUCCAAAAUUGAAAUCAGGUGUUUGCUCAAAAAAGGGGGAGAUUUUUUUUUUUAAUUGAAACAACAAAGUAGGUCAUUCCCCUACAAGAGCCCAUCAGUCUGGGAGAGCAUUGGGAAUGAGAAUCAUGUCACCUGGGAUGCUGGUUUCUUUGUAUAUUAUAUAAAAUGUGUGUAAAUGCCUCUCCGUUUGGGCUGGGGUUUACAUUCUCCUCUUCAUCGUGAGCAGAGGAGAGAGCAUAGUUGGCAGGCUGCCUUCAACCUGCCUGGCACAUGCAGAAGCCCCAGCCACUCUGUGUGGGCAGGGUGCUGUAGAGACCAGACCUCCUGGGGGAUGGGGAGGGGGGUGGGGGGGAAAGAACUCUUGGAAGGGAAGAAGUGUCACUUCUUUCUCAAGUGGAGUGUUUACACCUUGCUGUAACAUUUGAACUUUCACAAGAGAUGUAAUAAUUUUUAUAAUAAAAUACUUACCUUGAUAAUCAAAAA